ACCCUCAUCCUGGUAUUUGGCUUCCUGGCUAAUUCUGACCCAGUGGGUCAAUAACACUUCAAGGAGUCUAGCUUCUCCAUCAGAGCUUUGGAGCUCAAAACCAGUUGGCAAGGACCCCCAAGUACUGCCACUACUGUAAACACCCUUCUGUAACCUCAGGGUUUGGUGUUGAGUUUCCUCUCGUGGAUGGCAGCAUGAAAUCCUGUUCCACUCAACUCAGGAGGUCCUGACUGCACAGGGAAGAAGUAGGAAGAAAGAAGCUGUCAGAGUACAAUUUCACCUGAGUUUUAUAUUACAGAAACAAAGGAUGAACCGAAUGGUCCUUGGCAGGAUGCCCAAGACCUGUGAGAUGAAAUACAAAAUGCUGGACAGCCCUUUGGGGAAAAUAGAGAUAUCUGGUUGUGAGCAAGGACUGCAUGGGAUAAGGCUGCUCCGCCAGAAGACCUUGAGCACAGACCCCGUGGAGGCCCCAGCAGUUCCUGAGGCUCUCAGCGGUCCAGAAGGAAUGACAGAGCCCCUGAUGCAGUGCAUAGCCUGGCUGGAUGCCUAUUUCCACAAGCCUGUGGCCAUCAAAGGACUCCCCUUGCCUGCUUUCCACCAUCCUGUGUUCCAGCAAGAUUCAUUCACCAGACAGGUGUUAUGGAAGCUGCUGAAGGUUGUGAAAUUUGGAGAAACGAUUUCUUACCAGCAAUUAGCAGCCCUGGCAGGCAACCCCAAAGCAGCUCGUGCAGUGGGAGGAGCUAUGAGAAACAAUCCCGUUCCCAUCCUCAUCCCAUGCCACAGAGUGAUCUGCAGCAGUGGAGCCAUGGGCAACUACUCCGGAGGACAGGGUGUGAAGGAGUGGCUUCUGGCCCACGAAGGCAAUCAAGUAGGAAAGCCACCCUGCCAGGAAUUGGGUCUGGCUGGAACUACUAGCUCUCACCUUACUGUUUAAAAUUGAGUGUUUGUAUUUGAAGUAAACAUUUGAGUGACACAUAAAUGUAAUGCCACAUCAGAGGCAGGAUGUGUGGUGGCACCACUGUAUUAAAAGAGCUAGAUGUGUCCUGUAGGA